AUGGGCAAGUACAUGAAGAAACCCAAAACCGCCGGCGACGUCGCCGCCGUAAUCAUGGAAGCUCCGUCUCACGCUCCUGCCGUCGGUGUCCGGACACGAGCUAAAACCCUAGCUCUCCAGAAGUCGCCCCCGCAAAAUACCGACUCCUCUGCUUUCCUUCAGCUCCGGAGUCGUCGCCUCCGGAAGGUCACUCCGCCGCCGCAACCGAGAAGGGAGAAUGAUUCUAUCAAAACAUUGGGAAACUUCUGUGCUGAAGAGGAGAAUUUUGAUUUUUCCAUCGAAGGUUCUUUUGGGGAAAAUUUCUUGGAGUUUGAAGGCUUAGAUAGAAGCACCAGGGAAAGCACACCUUGUAGUUUAAUAAGGGAUUCAAGUUCCAUUCAUACCCCUGGUUCAACCACAAGACAAAGGACACACCGAAUAAUUCACAAACACAUUCAAAGAAAUAUUCCAACAGCUUAUGAAAUGGAUGAGUUCUUUGCGUUCGCCGAGAAGCAGCAACAAGCAAUAUUCAUGGAAAAGUACAAUUUUGAUGUAGUGAAUGAUGUACCUCUACCAGGACGAUAUGAAUGGGUCCAUGUACUUCACUAG